UAGCGGCUGCGCGCUGAGAGGAGCCGCUCCCAGGCCGGCCGCCCCCUGCGCCCGGGGUCAAUUAUCCACAUUAAUAUUGUUUGGCUUUUUUUUUUCUUCUACACCUCCGAGACUAUUGUAUUCUCUGCCUUGUAGCUUUAUCCUGUUUUUUUCCUGUUUAACUCAGCUGCAAAACACAAGAUCAUGAAGGCUGUAAACCAAUUGGUUCCUUGUUAGAGAUGUCACUGAUAAGAGAAAUAGAGAUUGUCUCUACCUAGUUCCUGAGGUCUCCAGUGUUUAAAUAUGGAUUUCUCUCUCACAACAUAAGCCUGAAAAGUUUAUUUUUACUCUCCGAGGUUAAUACUGAAGUGCCAUUGAUGAAGAGGAGCUACUUGACAGUUGCCUUUGACUGGUUGAAUUGUGCAGCAUUGUUUACCCAGGAGGUACACUGAGAUCCAUUUGUUUUCAUCCUUGACAUUGUUUCCACUUGGGUUAUGGCAGAAUUCUGAUACAAAAGCAAAAACGUACAGGGGGAACAAUUUGGAAUAUAAACUGAGCAUGGUAGGAUCUUGAACACAAAUUGUUGUAAAAGGAGAGAAGAGGAGGCGAAGGAAUGGCAUCCAGAGAGAGGCUGUAUGAACUUUGGAUGCUUUAUUGUAACAAGAAAGACCCAGAUUAUUUGCAGCUUUGGCUGGACAGUUUUGUUUCUAGCUAUGAACAAUUUCUGGAUGUGGACUUUGAGAAGCUUCCCACGAGGGUGGAUGAUAUACCUCCUGGAAUAUCACUACUUCCUGACAAUAUUCUACAGGUCCUGAGGCUUCAGCUGCUACAAUGUGUCCAAAAAAUGUCAGAUGGACUAGAGGAGGAGCAACAAGCCCUGUCACUUUUACUUGUCAAAUUCUUUAUCAUCCUUUGCAGAAAUCUGGCUAAUGUGGAAGAAAUUGGGACUUGCUCCUACAUUAAUCAUAUCAUCACCAUGACUACACUCUACAUUCAGCAGUUAAAAAGCAAAACAAAAGAGAAAGAAGUGGCAGAUCAAUCACCUAUAGAAGAGUUUGUAAGACACGCAUUGGCUUUUUGUGAAAGUCUCUAUGAUCCGUAUCGAAACUGGAGGCAGCAAAUUGCAGGGCGAAUCCUGAGUAGUGUUGAAAAGAGCAGACAAAAGUAUAAACCUGCUUCCCUCACAGUGGAAUUCAUCCCUUUCUUUUACCAAUGCUUUCAAGAAAGUGAACAUCUCAAGGAGAGCCUGAAGUGUUGCCUGCUACAUCUCUUUGGAGCCAUUGUGGCUGGUGGACAGAGAAAUGCUCUUCAAGCCAUAUCUCCUGCCACCAUGGAAGUCUUGAUGCGUGUUUUGGCAGACUGUGACACCUGGGAUGAUAGGGAUCCUGAGGAAGUGAGCAGGAAAGCAGAGCUGACUCUUAAGUGCCUGACAGAAGUAGUGCAUAUCCUUCUCACCAGUAGUUCAGACCAGCGGCAAGUGGAGACCAGUACCAUACUGGAGAACUACUUCAAGUUGCUUAAUUCAGACCAUUCAGCGUUGCCUAACUCCAGGAGAUCUAGGCAGUGGGAGAAUAGGUUCAUUGCACUACAGAUCCAAAUGCUGAACACCAUCACAGCCAUGUUAGACUGCACUGAUAGGCCUGUUCUGCAGGCCAUUUUCCUUAAUAGUAACUGCUUUGAGCAUCUCAUCCGACUGCUGCAGAACUGCAAGGUGUUUCAGGGACAACUAGACUGCUUGGCAGUAUCCACCAUUCAAGCCCUUACAGCAGUGUUGCACAAAUCUCCAGCUGCGAAGGAGGUCUUUAAAGAGAGGAUUGGUUAUGCACAUAUCUAUGAAGUACUAAAAUCUCUGGGUCAGCCCUCACGAGAGUUGCUAGAAGAACUUAUGAAUAUGGCUGCUGAAGGUGAUCACGUGUCUGUUGGAAUUUUGGGCAUUAGUAACGUCCAGCCCUUAUUGCUGCUUAUCCAGUGGCUUCCAGAGCUAGAGUCACAUGACCUUCAGAUCUUCAUCUCAAAUUGGUUGAAGCGAAUCUGCUGUAUUAACAGGCAGAGUCGUGCCACGUGUGUCAAUGCAAACAUGGUCAUCCGCGUCAUUGAGACAUUAAACUUCCACUCUUCACUCCAUCGCACUUGUGCUGAGAACCUGAUUGGCCUCCAGGGUUCUUUGGGAAGUCAAUCAAUGAGCUCUGAAGAACUGCAUCGACUAAUACGACUCUUGAGGACUAAUGAACCAAAGCAGUCUCACCCUUACGUCAUCCCUGUGAUGCGUGCAAUUCUGGCAAUGGCUCGGAAGCAAGGCCUGGACAGUGCCAUGCAAUAUUUCAACUUGUCCCCCAGCAUGGCAGGAAUUGCUGUGCCACCUAUUCACAAAUGGCCAGGCUCUGCAUUUUCCUUCAAUGCUUGGCUAUGCCUAGACCAGGACCAAGUUACACCUGACAUCACCAGCAAGGGAGGAGGCAAGAGGAAGCAACUAUACAGCUUUUUUACAGGAAGUGGGAUGGGUUUCGAGGCCUUCAUUACCUGCUCUGGAACGCUGGUGGUUGCAGUUUGCACAAAGAGAGAAUAUGCAACAGUGAUGCUGCCAGAGCAUUGUUUGUGUGAUUCCCUCUGGCACAACAUAACUAUUGUUCAUAUGCCUGGAAAGAGGCCCUUUGGUCAAAGCUUUGUCUACAUCUACGUCAAUGGACAACAGAAGAUCUCUGCCCCACUUAGAUUUCCUGCCAUGAAUGAACCUUUUACUUCUUGCUGCAUUGGUUCAGCUGGUCAGAGGACAACCACUCCUCCUCCCUCUCAGAUACCGGACCCACCCUUCUCCUCCCCUAUUACGCCUCAUCGAACAUCUCUAGGUGGGAUUCUCUCUCCAGCUAGUUGGGGCGGACUGCUUGGGAAGUCAGAGUUGAUCACCAAGUUGAUCUCCGCGGGUACCCAGGACAGCGAAUGGGGAUGUCCAACAUCACUGGAGGGCCAGCUUGGGUCAGUUAUCAUCUUCCAUGAAUCACUGCAGCCCUCUCAGGUGAAAGCUUUAUAUUUGGCAGGCCCAAACUGUCUAACUCCAUGGAAAUCCCAAGAGUCUGAAGUGGCAGAUCUGCCCAGUAAAGUGCUUCUUCACUAUACACCCAAGGCCUGCAGAAACCCAAUCUGCCUGGACCUGUCCACAAAUCUUUUACAUGGAAGACUAACUGGAAACAAAGUAGUGAACUGGGACAUCAAGGAUAUGAUAAAUUGUAUUGGUGGAUUGAAUGUGCUGUUUCCACUACUGGAGCAGAUCAGUUUUCUCAGUGGACAGGUGCCUGAGAAGUCUGAAGGGGAAACUAUACCUCAGGAACUGGUGACUCCAAUAGAGGGAGACUGGGUGGUGUUAUCAUCCACAAAGGCUUCAGAGGCUCGUCUAGAGAAGAAUAUUGUUGCAACUUUCAUCUUGAUGAUAAAGCACUUUAUUCAAAGACACCCUAUUAACCAAGAUAAUCUCAUUCACUCCCACGGAGUUGCUACCCUAGGAGCCUUGUUACAGAAGGUGCCAGGCAGCUUGAUGGAUGUGAAUGUACUGAUGGCUCUGCAGUUAUUGAUAGAACAGGUCUCUGUGGAAAAAAAUGUGCAACUUUUGCAACAGAUGUAUCAACAUUUACUUUUUGACUUUAGUAUCUGGAACCGUGGAGACUUCCCUUUCCGGAUUGGACAUAUACAGUACCUUUCCACAAUCAUCAAAGACAGCAGGAGGCUCUUCAGAAAGAAGUAUGGAGUGCAGUUUCUACUAGACACACUCAGGAUUUAUUAUGGUAGUGGCUGUAAAGACAGUGACUUAGCUCCAGAUGACCUCAGAACAAUACAAACAUUCCUAUAUGGACUGAUCAAAUAUUUCCUAAGCAAAGGUGGGACACAUGAAGAAAUACAGAGCAUCAUGGGAUAUAUAGCUGUGACCAGUGAAGAGGAACAGCUCUGUGGGAUUCUUGAUAUACUCUUCAGCCUACUUCAUACAAGCCCAACCCGGGACCAGCUUUUCUUGUUGCUUUUUGAACCAGGAAAUGCUGAUAUUCUCUAUGCUCUGUUACUGAAUCAGAGAUAUUCUGACAGGCUAAGGGAACUUGUUUUCAAGAUUGUAGAGCAGAUGCUGAAAUGUACUAAAGUCUAUGAACGGAGUAAACAACGUAUGAGACUCAGAGACGUGGGAUACUCUGGGCUAGGGCUCCUUCUGAAUGAAUCCCCAGUUACCAUUUCUCUUAUUAAAAAUCUUCUUAACCAAAUUCUGUAUGCAGAUCCUGUUGUGAAUUACAGAGACCUCAUAGCUGUGGUGCACCUGUCUCAUAGAGCAGAUAUAAAUGUUAGAGUGGCCAUCUGCAAAAAGGUUUUACAGCUUUUACAUUCCCAGCCAGAUGCAGCACAGCAGAUUUCUCAACAGUUAGCCUGGCAGGAGACAUUGGUUAGACUAUUCCUAAAAGAAAACUCCGACAUCAGGAAUGGACUUAAAGAGAGCAGGACUGACUCUACAAAGGAAGAUGAAAAAAAAAUUCCUCCUGAAGAGCUUCGGAAAUGCUAUCCUGAUCAGACAGAGGGGGGGAAAGCUGGUGGCUUUGCCUCAGUUAAUGGUUCAUAUGAUCAGUGGAGCGUGGAAGACAGCAAAUCUUUAGAUGUCACCAGCUGUUUUUCUGGUACGUUGCUGGAAGGUACUUCCAUGGAAGAGAUGACUUUCAGGUCAGAGGAUCAAGAAGAGUUAUGGCACAGUAAUCCUUCACAUUUGCGUUUAGAUCUGUCUAGCGUGGACUCUUAUGAGCUGGCUGAUAGUGGGAAUCAAAUGACAGAUAGCCUACCCAGCACACCGUCACCCAUUGAAAAUUCAAAGCCAUUCUCUGGUCAGCCUGACAAAGAAUCAAGCGUCAUCAAUGAUAUGGGAUUCAGCGUUGAUCUUUCGUUAUUUGAAAACCAAGGAGGAUCUGAAGAGGAGCUCAUACAGUUGCUCACAGAUGUCCUGCUCUGUGUGAUGUGGAAAGGUUUAGAAAGGUUUGAUGAUGCUGUCUGGAUUGAGAGGGGGCAGGUGUUUUCUGCACUGACCAAACUGGGGAUAUCUAAUGAGUUACUGCAACCUUCUGAUGAAAUAAAACUCAACUUGCUAGAGAAGAUGCUGGAAUGGACAGUCACUGAUAACAGAGACACAAAAGCUCUUCCGACACAUGCUGAAAAUGCCUUCCGGCUCCUGCUCAUUGUACAGGACUUUCUACAGGCAGAAGGGCUAGUUAAUUCAAACUUAUGGACAGAAAAGCUUUUAGAAGAGCUGGUGACACUCGUUGACAGCCUGUCUCUCUGGUACUCUGCUGGCCCAGAAUGGAUCAAGCUCUCCCAAGUGCAGGUCCAGUUGCUCCUGGGAUUCAUUGGACAAGAUAACUUACAGGUUUGCGCUAUGGCAGCCGCCAAGCUAAACACCCUUCUUCAAACCAAAGUAAUUGAAAGCCAAGCAGAGGCAUGCUACCUCUUGGGGAAGUUGGAAGGCAUCCUGAGUAGAUCAAUCAAAGAAAAGACAGAAACGUACACAUUCUUGAUUCCCCUUGUUCGAACGCUGGUAUCCAAAGUUUACCAACUUCUCUUCAUGAACCUGCACCUACCCUCGUUGCCUCUCACCAAUGGCAGCCCCUCUUUCUUUGAGGACUUCCGGGAGUAUUGCAGCUCUGAUGAAUGGCAAGUUUAUAUUGAUAAAUAUAUUAUUCCAUAUAUGAAACAGUAUGAAGUCAAUACAUUUAGUGAUGGUCAUGAGCAUAUGGCACUUUAUUGGAAGGACUGUUAUGAGGCAUUAAUGGUGAAUAUGCAUAAGCGAGACAGAGAACGAGGAGAAAGCAAGCUCAAAUUUCAGGAGUGUUUUGUGGAGCCAUUUAACCGAAAGGCACGCCAGGAGAACCUGCGUUAUAACAGCAUGCUAAAACAGCUUAAUAGUCAACACACCGCUACUCUGAGGCAGUGGAGAGCAGCCCAACUUUACCUGACUUGUGAACAGGGCCCCUGGGCUGAAAGGAAACAGAAUCCCAUUUACUGGAAACUUUCAAAUGUGGAAAACUACUCGCGUAUGAGGUUAAAACUAGUGCAAAAUUACAAUUUCAACUCCCAUCAGGAGGCCAGUGACCUGAGAGACAAUUUAGGGAUGCAGCAAACACAGCCAUCUAGUGAGUCACUGCUCCUGGAGGUGGUGAAGCAGGUGAAAGUUAGUGACAUGGAGGAUGAUAUACUUGAACUGCCAGAAGAGGACACAACUGCUGGUGCAAGCAUGGAUGAAAAGGAGGAGCAGGGUCAGAAAGAAAAAUUGGUACUGUCUGAAGAAUGUGAAUUCAUUACACUAAUUGAUGUAAUACCUGGCAGACUGGAGGUCACUACCCAGCACAUCUGCUUCUAUGAUGGCAGCAUUGAAAAAGAGGAAGGAGUAGGUUUUGAUUUCAAAUGGUCCCUUUCUCAAAUUCGAGAGAUACACUUGCGCCGAUACAACUUGAGGCGGUCAGCCUUGGAGAUCUUCCUCACUGAUCAGACCAACUACUUCCUUAACUUCAAUAAGGAGGUGAGAAACAAAGUGUACAGUCGAAUCUUGUCACUCCGUUCUCCAAAUAUUUAUGGGACCAGAUCUCCACAGGAACUGUUUAAAGCUUCAGGCUUGAUGCAGAAAUGGGUGAACAGAGAAAUAUCAAACUUUGACUAUCUUGUUCAAUUGAACACCAUGGCGGGACGAACUUACAAUGACCUUGCCCAAUAUCCUGUGUUUCCUUGGAUCCUGCGAGAUUACACAUCAGAAGAGUUGGACUUGAAUAAUCCUGCUGUCUUUAGGGAUCUAUCCAAACCCAUUGGAGUGGUGAAUGAAAAGAAUGCCAAAGCUGUGCAAGAAAAAUAUGAGAAUUUUGAGGAUCCUCUUGGGACGAUUGACAAGUUUCACUAUGGUACUCACUACUCAAAUGCUGCUGGUGUCAUGCAUUAUCUCAUUCGAGUAGAGCCUUUCACCACACUGCAUAUCCAGCUUCAGAGUGGCAGGUUUGACUGUGCAGAUCGGCAGUUCCAUUCCAUUCCUGCAACAUGGCAAGCCCUUAUGGAUAACCCAAAUGAUGUGAAGGAGCUUAUCCCAGAGUUCUUCUACUUCCCAGAGUUCUUGGAGAAUCAAAAUAAGUUUAACUUGGGUAAGCUACAAAUCUCCAAAGAGGUAGUGAAUGAUGUUGUUCUCCCAAAAUGGGCCAAGUCACCUGAAGACUUCAUUUGUAAACACAGGAAAGCACUGGAGUCUGAGUAUGUCUCUGCUCAUCUCCAUGAAUGGAUAGAUCUGAUUUUUGGCUACAAACAGAGGGGACCAGCUGCAGUGGAGGCACUCAAUGUGUUCUAUUACUGUACUUACGAAGGAGCUGUGGAUUUAGAUGCCUUAACAGAUGAGAAGGAAAGGAAAGCUUUAGAAGGGAUGAUUAACAAUUUUGGACAAACACCCUGUCAGCUGCUGAAGGAACCUCAUCCUGCGAGAUUAUCUGCAGAGGAGGUAGUACAGAGACAGACCAAAAGUGACAGCUCAACCCUGAAUCUGUUCCAGCAUCUCCCUGAACUUAAGUCAUUCUUCGUAGAGGGUAUCAGUGAUGGUGUUCCCAUUGUCAAGGCUGUUGUUCCCAGGAACCAGUCACGUUCCUUUAUGUCUCAAGGGAGCCCAGAGAUCCUGGUGAUAGCAAGUCUGAACUGCAUUAUUGGAACCCACGGGUGGCUACCAUAUGAUAGAAAUAUCUCCAACUAUUUUACGUUCAUCAGAGAUCCAACUGUGACAAAUCCCAAAACCCAGCGUAGCAUAAAUGGUCCUUUUGCUCCAGGGCUAGAGAUCACCUCUAAAUUGUUUGUAGUGUCCCAUGAUGCAAAGUUGCUGUUCAGUGGAGGGCACUGGGACAAUAGCAUCAGAGUGACAUCGCUCACAAAGGGCAAGUUAAUUGGACAGCAUGUCAGACACAUGGAUAUUGUGACCUGUUUGGCUAUAGAUUUCUGUGGAAUCCAUUUAAUUUCAGGUUCCAGAGACACAACGUGUAUGAUAUGGCAAAUAGUUCAGCAAGGAGGAGUUCCUGUAGGCCUGGCACCUAAACCCUUGCAGAUUCUGUAUGGACAUACUGAUGAGGUAUCCAGUGUUAGCAUCAGCACUGAACUGGACAUGGUGGUAUCUGGAGCCAGGGAUAGCACUGUGAUUAUUCAUACUAUUCGGAAAGGUCAGUACAUGAGGACUUUGCGACCACCUUGUGAGAGUUCCCUUCUGCUGACUGUUCCCAACCUGGCUGUAUCCUGGGAAGGACACAUCGUUGUCCACACCAGUAUAGAAGGAAAGACUACUCUCAAGGAUAAGAAUGCAUUACAUCUCUAUUCUGUGAACGGGAAGUAUUUGGGCUCUGAGAGUCUAAAGGAGGAAGUGUCAGACAUGUGUGUGACUGGGGAAUAUAUCGUGAUGGGGAGCUUACAAGGAUUCCUUUCCAUACGAGAUCUCUAUAGCCUGAAUCUCAGCAUCUCCCCCUUAGCCAUGCGACUGCCGAUUCGCUGCAUUUCUGUUACCAAAGAAUACAGCCACAUCCUUGUAGGCUUGGAGGAUGGCAAGUUGAUUGUCGUUGGUGUUGGCAAGCCAGCUGAGAUGCGCUCAGGUCAGCUUUCCCGAAAACUGUGGGGAUCAAGCAAACGGCUCAGCCAGAUUUCAUCGGGAGAGACUGAAUAUAACACUCAAGAUUCCAAGUGAUUGCUGCUCCUGAAUUCUCUCAUGGAUUCCAGAAAUUUGUUUAGUCUUUUGGUCAUUCUAAACAUAUCUCUCAACUUUCUGAUGAGUGUUUCAGGGACUUAUCCUUGACAGUCAGUUGAAGACCAACAUAUGGUAGAGGUACAGUAAUUUACAUAUGCACACAUGCAAAUUAGCCCACAAUUGCUUUUAUUACUUUUUUCCUAAUCACAUUGAUUUGGUAGCAGUAGAACUCUUUCUAGAUUAUGUGCUGGAACUGAGUUUCAAAAAAAGACCUCCAAGUGCAUUAAAACACAAAUGAUAUAUACAAGUGAAUAAUGCUAGAUGUUCCUCUCUUGCUUGGAAGAUAUUAACUCAAAUUCAAGGAAAAUAUCCCAUUCUCAUCUUACAUCUUUGUAAUUCCAGGAUCAUAAACUUAAAAUUCCUUCAGUUGCAGAUAUACUGAUAAAAUUGGGACAGUUGAGAGUUAUGACUUCAAAUAUAUUCUUCAGACCAAUCAGCUUGCUGUGUACUACUGUAAAUGAUUAUUAAUAAUUCUCUAUUGCGUGGCUCCUGAGAGAAUCCCUUUUAGACUGUUCUGCAGGGAGCACCUCAAUGGCACUACUUGAUUGUCAGAAAUUGUUUAACUGACAUACAACAAUGAAUUAUAACCUUGUAGGAAUUGGGUAGAGUGAAUAUUUGCUGCAGAACAUUCUUUAUGUUGUUUGGCAAAGCAACACACACAUUUAGAAAUCCCUUGCAUGUUUUAAGGUCUCGUAUUAAUACAGAGGGAAUGAGAAUCACAUUUCCAUGUCUGUCAAGAUUGAGUUGUUCUUCAUUAAUAGCAUAAUUACUACAAACCAAAAUGUCUAAUUUCAACAUUAAGAUCACCUGAAAAACUUUGCAUCAUAAUUUUACAUUUACCAUACCUUGUUUCUUGGCUCUGUAUUUGUCAGACAAGUAACCUGGUUUAGCCAUAUUCAUAUUGCUGGAAAAGUAAGUAGAAAAAUCCAGAUACUAUAUGCAUAUGUAGGAGAGGAAGACAUCACAGCCCUGCAUAUACUGUAAACAACAAAAAUAGUACUCAAAAGCUCAAGUACUCUUGGGAAAACCUUACCUUCAGGGCAAAGAGUAAAAUUUUUUAGGUGGGAAUAUGACUGUAUGUAAAUAGACGAAAAUAUUGUUCCCUUACAUCUUUUGUGGAAGUGGUAAUAAUUGAAAACAAGAUGUCCCUGUAGCCAGUGCAGAUACAGAAUUGAUUUAGUUAAUAUUUCUCAGACACCUCUCCCUUCUUCUUCCUUAUUUUAUUACUUAUGGAGGUGAGGAUGUGUUGUAUCUUUUCUAAAUAUUGCCUGAUUUCCCCUAGCACUGGAGAGUUGUUGAACUACCGAGGCACCCCAUACAGUAUAAUCUAAUUUCAUUCACUGUAGUGCAAUAUUUCUUGAUAGUCUAAAGAAGUAGUAAUCACUCUUUCCAAGACACAUUUUUUCUUAAACCAACAUCCCAGUCUUAAUUUCAUAAAGAAAAUAAUGACCCUAUAUCAUGCUUUUAUACACUGAAUAUUUGUAAUGUCCUUAUUACUUACUAAUCUAAAAAGAAUUGUGUUGCUUGUUUUAACCGUUACUUUCAAAUUAUAUCAAUUAUUACAUCAAGUUAUAUCUGAUCAGUGAACAAAUUAGACGAGAUUAUGUAUAACUAUAACACUAACUAAUCACUGUGACAGAUCAAAUCAUCUGAAAAUUAUGCGGAAAUGGAAACAUUUCUCUGUGGCACUUGUCAGUAUGGUAUUUAACCCCAUUUCUCUCUGUCACUCACUCCCUCUCCCCUUCGCCUCCCCACUUUGCAAUGGGUUAUGGACAUGGGAAGAAAGUCUACAUGAAAAAAAAUAUAUUAACUAGUUACUGAUACAAUAACAAUACCAAGGAUACUCUGGAAGUAUCAAGUGUAUGUGAAUGUGAAGUAGGUUUGUCUAUUGUAAUUUCAAAAGUAAGAGAUUUUGAAGAGUUAUUGAGACAGAAGUUUAGAAGAAUCACAGUUUUGAAUGUGUGAUUUUAUUAUAGUUAAGUGGGAUUAUAUUGAAUUUUCAAAUGAAUUUGCUUGGGGAUACUGUGGUGAUGGUUUUAUAACUGUACAUUUAAGAUCUUAAAUGUGUAUAUUUGGAUUUUUUUAAAACUAUGAGACUGUUUGACUAGCAGAAUCAAAGUGGAGAAAUUUAGAAAGUUAAUGUUCUGUGUAAUGCUUGGCCAGAACACAAGUCUUUCUGUUGUCAUUUGUGCAGAGAGGUUCACAUGUGAGUUUUUGAAAGCAUCUUUAUUCGUAUUAGGUAUUUUAUGCAAAAGUUUUAAUUUUUGAACUCGUGAACAUUUUAGCAUUUGUAUCCAUGUAAGAAAAUCAGGGAAAUUGGUCAACCUCCACAAAAUGUAAUGUAGGUUUAGAAAUUGGAGAGAUGCGGGCAUUUGUAUUAUAAUAAUGAUAAUCUGAAUAUAUAACACUUUAAUCCAAGAUUUCGGUGCUUUACAAGCAUUAGUUAAGCCUCACGAAUGUUAGCUACUGGUAUAAAUUAGAGCUGCCCUCAUAAUGCUCUGUCUUGGCGCUAAGGGACCAACCCUGCCCAAACCUGCAACAGGAUCAUGGGAGUACAAAGGUGAGUGUUAAAUCACAUUUACACACUACUUGCAUUUUGUGCAGAUUGGCCAUAGCUGAGCAUCUGAUCCCUUGAGAAUGAAAGGUGCUACUUAAAUUCCAAUUUGUCAUCUUUUCAUGCACCAGCAGCAGUCAGUUUUCUCAACUACUCAACAGUGUCUGUCUGCAAGCAGCACUAUACUUUGCUUAAUCUGUAAAAGGAAGCUGUAAAUAAAAGAUGCGGUUUGUAUGUGAGAGCUAUAAGUAAGGAAGAAUUUACCUGGUGUUCCACUUGUUUUUGUUUAACUUAUUUUCUUUCAUUUUUUUCUUGAAUUAAUUAUACAAUUUUUUUGUGGUUGUAUGAGUUGUGGCUGGUUUGCAGUCCACAUUGAGCAGUGGACACUGAAUUAGUGCACUGCACUUCUUCUAAGAUUUAAAUUUUUACUUUUGAUGACUCUUCAAGCUAAUAGUGCUCUUGGAUACCAUCCCCUCUGCUCUUCUCGUAGAGUGAAAAUAGUUAUCAAAAUACAAGUUCUCUUUAGUCUUUUUACACUAAGAUUUAUUUAUUUAACUUUGUUUUAGAAAGUAAAGCUGUGACAUGACGCAGUUCUGACUAUGAAUUCAGAUCAGGCUAGUCUGAAUACACAGUUGCUUUAUAACACUAAGAAUUUUUAAGUCCCUUUUGUUAGGUGUUCUUGUCUUUUGUUUAACCAUUGGAGGCCACAGUGAUAUCUAUGGAAACUAAAAAAUAUUGCUUACCUGUGAGGUGGACUUAAAAGAAAAGCUAAGUCAGCACUGUAAACAUAUGUAUUUAAAAAAAAAAGCGCUGAAUAUUGACUCAUUUCCGCCUAGUAAUUUAUAAACUGGAUUCACCAGUUAGCAGUAUUCAGUAACUUUCACUUACAGUCUGGGGAAGUGCUUAGAAUAAUUUUGUUUCCAAUAAAAUUUGUGUUAGAUUAUCAAUGUUAUCAAUUUAUGUUGCAAGCCUCAGUGGUGGUAAUUCUUUUUGGUUGUCUUAUUUUUAUGUACUGUGGAGAAUGUUAUCUAAUAUCAUACUAAGUGUUCAUUUGGGAAAUGCCAGCAUUCAAAGAGUUAUACACUCAUUGUCCAAGUUAAGGUAAAACAAAACAAAACACGUGGGUAAUAUUGCAUCAGCGUAUUUAUUUUCUGUGUAUCAUACUCACCUUGUGCAAUCUUUGAAACUUUAUCUUUUCCAUCAUCCACCUAUCUUCCCACCACCAGCACACACAAAAAAAACCCCUGUUUAAACCAUCUUUUUCCUCUUAUUUAAAAUAUUUGUGGAAGGGCGGGGUCUUAAUUCAGAAAGCACCCAGUAUGAUCUUUGAUUAAUCUAGAUAAUUCAUCUAAGCAAAGCUUUUCUUCAAUACCUGCUUUAACUACAAAUAGUAUUAUACAUUUUUAAAUUUAAAUGGCAUAUGGACUUUUAAGUAGCCUAUUGAAUUGAUUGUUUUGAUAAGGAGUCUCUUUAAUGUCUUAAAAACAGAGUUCUCCUGCAAUGCAGAGGAUUAAAACAAUAAUAUUCCGCCCCAUUUAAAAAAAUAAAAUCCCACCAUCUAGGACGGGAUAGCCAGUGAGUGAUCUCCCAUUACUCUGGUUGUGUCUUAAUGGAAUUCAGUGGGUGUUGGCCAUCUAACUCCCUUA